UGUCUCCAGACUCAGGAGAUCUCUCCACUUUCCAAAGGUUUACAGGGAGAAGAUGAUCUUCCUCAUCCUGCAGCUCCUCUUCCUCACCUCCUGUGUCUCUGGAACAUUUGUAGUGAAUGUGACUCAGACUUCCCAUCAGGCAGAGGAGAACCAGAACAUCACCCUGGAGUGGACCUUCAGCACCAGAACAGACACUAACUUCAGAUCCAUUUCUACCUACUGUGAGAUGUAUACUGAGAGCAGACCCUACGUCCUGUUUCAUCUAUACAAAGGUGAUGAACUCCCAGAGUCUCAGGAUCCACAGUUUUCAGGACGAGUCCAGUGGGACAAAGACGUCCUCACAGAAGGACGCCUCACACUUCAUGUCUCCAGACUCAGGACCAAUGACUCUGGGUUUUAUGUGUGUGCCAUACGCACACCUGAUGGGAGUAACUAUAGCAUAUGCUGGCUGGACAUCACUGGUGAGUAACCUCAGUAGAAGUGCUGUAUUUCAAUUAAAACUUCACUUUUUGUUAAAUAUGCAGAUG